AGGGUGAUUCCUCCUACACUCUUGCAUACCGCCUGCCUUACUGCAAAGGGUGAGGGUCGAUGCAAUCGCGUUGCUGGAUUAGACAUAGCGAUGAAGAUCCAAUUGUCUUCUUUUAGCUUAGCUGGCGGGCCAGGCCGGGACCUAGCAGGGAACAGGGGCCUGUCGCUACCCCUAUUCUUUGGCGCUGGGAUUUGGGGGUUUCUGGCUACGUCCGCCCAAGAGCGACGUCCUGAGUCUUGGCUCCCGGGGUUGCUGUGAUUGGUGUCGCUGCUCCACCGGGAGCUUGGGGGGGAGUUGCUUGGGGAGAUGGAGGUUAGAGCCUGGAUGACUUUCUGCUGCAGCUCUG